AUGUUGUCCUCGCUGUUCUUUACCACAGUGGCAAGCAUAUUUGGUUUGGUAUUGAGCCAGUCAAUCUAUGGCUCAGACAAUGCAACGUUCACGAACCCGAUUCUACAGAAGUAUGGCGCUGACCCAUGGGUCGUGCGAAAUGGCGACGACUACUUGAUGACUUAUACGACCAACGACAAUAUCACAAUUCUCAGAAGCAGAACCCUCACUGAUUGGAACUCAGCCGAUGUAAAGCUCGCCUUUAAGGCACCAGAAAAUACAUCUUACACAUUCAGUAACUGGGCACCCGAACUUCACUAUUACGAGGCGUUUCAAAAAUGGUACAUUAUUUAUACUGCCGACGUCGACCCAGACAGUCCAUCGCCGCAGCAAGACAUGCUCUGUGAUUUCAAUUGUCCAGCUGUCAAUCAUCGAAUGUUCGUGCUGGAGAGUUCUGGACCGGAUCCCUGGACAAGCGAGUUCACAAUGAAAGCAGAACUGAACACUUAUGAUCAAUUUGCCAUUGACGGUACCUAUUUCCAGUACGACAACAAGCUCUACCACAUCUACAGCUGUUGGUACGACUACGAUAGUCAACCAUUCAUCCGAAGCUGGCCUGCCAUGCUAUGCAUUACGCAGAUGUCUGAUCCUUGGACCGUUUCUUCUCCUCAAUCCGAACGCCUCAUCAUCUCCAAACCUGAACAACCCUGGGAAAAGACACCAUAUGGUCGCACAGUCAAUGACAGACUCUCGUCGAAUGAGGGCCCACAGCAACUGAUCAAUCCCAAUACCAAACAGAAUUUUGUCAUCUACAGUGCUGCUCGCAGUGAUAACCGCAAUUACUGCCUCGGCCUCAUCGAACUCACCGGCACAAACCCAAUGGACAUCAACUCCUGGACCAAGAACAACGCCAGCUGCGUCUUCUACGAAAAUGAUGCAGAACAAGUAUACGGCGUCGGUCACGCCAGCUUCGUGCAGAGCCCGGACGAUAGUCAAUGGUGGAUUGUCUACCACGGUAUGCGAGACUAUCUUGUAGGAUGGUCAGCUAGACAAAUUCGAGCACAGCAAUUUACGUGGGACGAGAAGACUGGAUGGCCGGUGUUCCCGAGACCUGGCAUUGGACCGUAUCCUGUUCCGAGCGGGCAGUAG